UGAGGAAAACGAAAUAAAGAAAAUAAAUCUGUGUUUUGUGAUCAGUUUAAUUUGACAUUAACUCGCUUUCUUGACAAUCUUUGUGAGUAAAAAAAAACGUGUAGAAAUAAAUAUGAACAACGGUUCUGGUAUAUGGUCGCAGUUUUACCUUCUUUUUAGCAUACUUCCAAAUAAAUCUGCAGCAAAAACUGGAACAGUGUGAAAUCAUUUUUGGUAUAGGGACGAUGAUGUCCCUGAAAAUUAGCAAAAUAAAUCUACAGAGGGGGCUGUAUAGAGCUAUGCUGAGGGAGAAAAUGAAAACUUUCUUAGGAUUUUAAAAUAAAACACUUCUCGUGGCUGCCACUUUUGUUCUAAGAGGUCAUUUGUCAAUUUGGAGUUUUCUGAAAUAUAAAAUAGAGAACAAUACAUGCUUGUAGCAGAUCAAAGUCUAAACAUCCAACAAAAUGAACCUAAAAGUCGUUUUCUCUUUUCUGCAGGGAGAAUGGAGAUGGAGCGCAUCAGAACCUACAAACCCACAGUCAGUUCUGUGUCUCAGGCUCGAGUUCUGAUGAUCGGACCGCUCGGAGCUGGAAAGUCCAGCUUCUUUAACUCCAUCAACUCUGUGUUCAGAGGCCACAUCACCAACCAGGCCAUGUCUAGCAGUUCCUCCACCAGCCUCACCACACAGUUUAGAGCCUACUCUCUAAAAGAUGGACGAGAAGGCAAACUUCUGCCAAUCGCCUUGUGUGACACCAUGGGACUGGAUGAGAGCAAAGGGGCGGGGCUUAAUGUAGAUGACAUCAGCAGCAUCCUUCAGAGUCACCUGACCGACUCUUACCAGUUCAACCCUGCUGCUCCUCUGCUCAGAAGGUCACGGCUAGAGCUCAAGGACAAGAUCCACUGUGUGGUUUAUGUCUUCGACACCUGUAAGGUCUCCAUUAUGUCCAAUAAGCUGGAGGAGAAGCUGGAAGCUAUCCGCAGCAAGGUUAACCUGCAGGGGAUUCCUCAUAUGGUUUUACUCACUUAAGUAGAUGAGGCCUGCCCGUUGGUGGAAGACGAUCUAAGAAACGUUUAUAGAAGUGAAUACAUUGAAGAAAAGAUGGAGGUGGUCAGCACCAAACUGGGCGUGCCCCUCUCUUGCAUCGUUCCAGUAAAGAACUACACCAGAGAUCUGGAGCUGGACCUGAACUGUGACGUCCUGCUGCUCAGCGCCGUCAUCCAGAUGCUGCGCUUUGCUGAUAACUACUUUGAUGAAGUCAGCGACAGAGUGAGCAAGAUUCAAAUUUAAGGAGAAUCGAAAUGUUCAGCUGGACAGAUGCAGCAGCUGGAUCGUCUAUAGGU